CUACAGUAUAGCAUUUAAUUUUCGACGCUUAAAGGCAGUUUGGGAAACUAUCAAGGAUGAUGUUAUAUGGUUUGUGGUGGAGUUUCAGAAGAAUGGAAGAUGCUUUCUGGCAAUAAGCAUGUCAAGUACCUAUACAUUCCAUAUACUGUCACCGUUGUGGUGGUGACAUGCAACCCUGUUUCCAAAUGGAGAGGUCCACCAAAAUUCAAGCCUAAAUACAGUAAGGAUGAAGAAACAAGGGCUAGCAAUCUUGGAAUCAACUCAAACUUAAGAUGGCUGAAUGCCAGGGCUGAAGGCAUUACGGCUAAAUCAUCUGACAGCAGAGAACCAGACAUAAAUGAGCUUUCAUUCACAGAGUUAAGAGAUAAACUGCUUGCUCUUGAUCUACUCAACAAAGACCAUGUCAUAAAGGUAAACCAAGUAGAAGCUGAAUUCUGGAAGAAAUCAGAGGGAUAUAGAGUAGGAUGGAGCGACGAAAUCUUGGGCUUCGAUUAUGGUGGGCAACAGUGGGUAUCAGAAAUCUGUUUUCUUGCAGGAACUCUUUCCAAGCCAUCAAUUAAAGAUCUUGAAUACAUAGAAGAACUGAAGCGACUCAUUGAGAAGGAAGAUGUUGCUGCCCCUGCCCCUAUAGAACAGCGCUGGACAGCGCAUAGUCAGAGCCUUAUGAGUCCAGCUUCAAGCUCAGCAGAGGAUGACAUAUUCUCAUGGAUAAGUUUAUCGUUCGUUGAUAUAAUAAUGUAUCUUCCUACAAUGGAUGCUUGCCAGAGAAAGGAAAUAACAGAAGAAUUUUUCCACUACAGGCAUCUGACACAAUCACAGUUGUGGGAUAGAUAUUCUGCUUAUGAACAUUGGGCCAAGAUUGAGGUUCCAAAGGACAAAGAAGAACUUGAAGCUCUUCAAGCCAGGCUGAAAAGGCGUUUUCCAGUAGAUGCAUAUAACAAAGCACGUAGGGAAUUGGACCCCAACGGAAUCCUUUCCAAUAACAUGCUGGAAAAGCUGUUCCCACUGUCCAAUACUGUUUGAGAGGCAACUCUGAUUGGUUCUAGAGGACAAAGGGUUUGACACCCUCUGGCUAGGCUGGAAAAGCACUUUUGGAUAUAAAAGAGUGUGUAGGGAAUUGGAACCCAACAGAAUCCCCUCUAAUAAAUGCUGGAAAAGCUGUUACUUAUCUCGUAUUGUUUGAGAAGCAUCUGGAUUGGUUAGUUCUUUUUUAUUUCGAGUGAAUUUACGUGCAUAUGGUUUGUUGUUGCUUCAUCAAAUUUCUGGAAUCAUCUUUAGCCCUAAGAGCAUGUUAAAAUACCUAGAAAUAAGGAUGUAACAUGAUUCUAAAUCUAUAUGAAUUGAAGCCAUUGGUACUGUUGCUUGUAGGAAUUUGUUUUCACAUGCUUGAAUCUCGUUGUUUUAUUGGUGGAGCUCCACCAAGCAGUAUUA